UUAUAAGCACAUGGGGAGUUCAAAAUAAAAUUGAUUUUCUCUCACUGUCGUAUUGUCGACAUGCGGAAGAUGUUCGCCAGACCCGUGAAAUGCUUAAAAAGCUGGGUGACCUCUCUCAAACCCAAAUAUUUGCCAAGAUUGAGAAUGUAGAGGGACUAACCCACUUUGAUGAGAUUCUUCAAGAAGCUGAUGGAAUUAUUCUUUCUCGUGGGAAUUUGGGUAUAGAUCUACCCCCAGAGAAGGUGUUUUUGUUUCAAAAGGCGGCUCUUUACAAGUGCAACAUGGCUGGAAAGCCAGCCGUUCUUACCCGUGUUGUUGAUAGUAUGACUGACAACUUGCGACCAACUCGUGCGGAGGCAACUGAUGUUGCAAAUGCUGUUUUAGAUGGAAGUGAUGCUAUUCUUCUUGGUGCUGAGACUCUUCGUGGAUUGUAUCCUGUUGAGACUAUAUCGAUUGUCGGAAAGAUCUGUGCUGAGGCAGAGAAGGUUUUCAAUCAAGAUUUGUACUUCAAGAAGACUGUCAAGUAUGUUGGAGAACCAAUGAGUCAUCUGGAAUCCAUUGCUUCUUCAGCUGUACGGGCAGCCAUCAAGGUUAAGGCAUCCGUUAUUAUAUGCUUCACGUCUUCUGGAAGAGCAGCAAGGUUAAUUGCCAAAUACAGGCCAACAAUGCCGGUUAUUUCUGUUGUCAUUCCACGGGUUAAGACAAAUCAGCUGAAAUGGAGCUUUAGUGGAGCUUUUGAGGCGAGGCAGUCACUUAUUGUCAGAGGACUCUUCCCCAUGCUUGCUGACCCUCGUCACCCUGCGGAAUCAACAAGUGCAACGAACGAGUCAGUCCUGAAGGUUGCACUAGACCACGGGAAGCAAGCAGGAGUGAUCAAGUCGCAUGACAGAGUAGUGGUGUGUCAGAAAGUUGGUGAUGCAUCUGUGGUGAAGAUCAUCGAGCUAGAAGAUUAAUAAAUGGGAGGAAGAAAACAAACUCUGCUACCUACUUUGUUUUUGCUUUGAUCCAAUGCCGGAGUUAAAGUAUAUUACUAAUCUUCGGGACUUUUGGUUUUUGUACUUGGGAGAUCUGAUGUCUCUAACUUUUCCCUUUCUUUCUCUUCGCUAUACAUUUAGUUGGUUUCAGAUUAAUGCUACGGUAAGAAAAAAGAAGUAUACGAUGUUACAAAUUUUCAUUA